AUGUAAACAAACAUGAACGGAUCAAAUAUGAAGAGUCAAUUGAGAGUAUCCUCUUUGUCAGAGAAGGAAGAAGCCUAAGAAACCUUGGAAAGUACAAUUUAAUUUUGAUUAAGUAAUUCAUGAGAUGUCCCAAAUUCUGAAUUGCGGAUUGGAUAGAUAAUAAUUAGCCAUUUUAGUUAGUAUGAUAGAAAAUGGUGUGAAUCCUGAAGCUUUGGCCUUGGUUGUAAAUGAGAUGAAAACGGAGCUGAACACAUACAAGAAAAUUCAUAAAUAAUGA